AAUGCAUGUUACAGCAUAAUAUAUGAACAGUUAAAAAAGUUAACCGUUGGCUUUACUAAGUAAGUACUGACCAUUACCAACUCUCCUGGUUUAAGUAGCAAAGAUAGAUUAUUUAGGACAUGUAGUGGAGUACAAUAACGAAGUAUUUGCACUUAUGUUACAAAACUGGCUAUGAAUGUAGAGACAAAUCCAGUUUCCAAAGGGAUGUGAACAUCUGACGAGCACAGGGCACCACGUGAGAGGCCAAAUGAAACAGAUGCAUUCAUCGGUAAGGAGGGGGGGGGCAACAUAAUUCAGCCACUCGCCUCAUGUGACUGUGGGUGGAAAAGUGUGACCAGUAAGCGGCUGAUGGUGAUGAUGAUGAUGAUCAUGUCUGUGGAGGUGUUGACAGCGGAGGGUGCCUUUUCCUUGUGCCAGUCUUGAUGUGAAGGAGAAGACCGUAGCAGAAACACGCAGGCAACACGUCCACGGAUUUUUGCUCCGUCUUUCUUUCCAUGAUGGAGAGAAGAACACAGUGGUUUUACCGACAAAUCCAUGAUAUAAACUAGGGGCUGGUGCUGCUUCUGAGACGGGGACUCAGAGGAAAAGAGAAGGUGAUGACUUGGAUGGUGCCUCACACAUGAAGACCAUGAAGCCCACACAAAAGCUGAUAUUCUUCUUCUGCUCCAUGCUGGUCGUGGGCUUUAUAUGCUACUCCUCUGGGCAUCUACAUCUAUGGGGCCAGAAGCCUCACAGUGAUGCAGAAGAGACAACUGUAGCCCUGACUAAAGGUGCUGAAGUGAAAAGAAUUGCAGAGGUGGAACCAGACAUCAUCGUGGGACAAAUAGUAGGCUCAGUAUAUGAUAAGCAGGGCUUCCUGCUGCAACUGGAUACAAAACUGCCACUGGAGUUGGUGUACAAGUAUGGCAACCUGAGCGAAGGAGUGUGCAAGCCAGGAUAUGCAGAAGCCAAGAUGACCAGUAUCUAUCCUAAGUUCAUGAGACGAGUGCCCAUGUUUCUUGAUCGAAACUUCAAGCGUCUUGCAAAAGUCGGCAAUUAUUUCCCACCAUUUGGUUUUAAAACACAAGAGAAAAUCAUAGACAGCAUUUUAACUUAUACGAAAAAUUAUGGACUUGGAGAGGAGCUGGACAGCCUGAGCUGUAAAAGAUGUAUCAUUGUGGGCAACGGGGGCAUCCUGUUCAACAAGUCUUUGGGUUCCCGUAUAGAUGACUACGAUGUUGUAGUGAGAUUAAAUGAGGCCCCAGUAAGUGGUUAUGGCAAAGACGUAGGGACCAAAACCACCUUGAGGAUUACGUACCCAGAGGGAGCCAUCCAGAAGCCUGAAAACUAUGAAAAAGACUCGCUUUUUGUUUUUUCCGCUUUCAAGCCUCUGGAUUUCAAGUGGCUUAGACAGAUGGUCUUUAAGGAGAAACUGAGGGGCACAGAGGGUUUCUGGAAAUCGGUGGCUCACUCGGUGCCGCGGGACCCAACUGAGAUGAGAAUCCUGAACCCUUACUUCAUCCAGGAGGCUGCAUUCCAGUUCAUUGGCCUGCCUUUCAACAAUGGCCUCAUGGGCAAAGGGAACAUUCCAACUUUAGGAACCGUCGCUAUAACGAUGGCACUGCACAACUGUGAUGAGGUGGCGGUGGCAGGUUUUGGCUACGACAUGAACACGCCCCACGCUCCUCUGCAUUACUACGAGACUGUCAAGAUGUCCACCAUCAAAGAGUCAUGGACACACAACAUAUCCAAGGAGAAGGAGUUCCUCCGUAAGCUGGUUAAAGCCAACGUCAUCACAGACCUGACCAAUGGUAUCUGAGUUUACAGCUCACCUAUAGCCUUCCUCUGCCUUAUACAAGGGACAGCAGACCAGGAAGGCAGGGAAUUGAAUAAACUGGGGAGAAAAAAAGAAAACCCUUUCAAAUCUGGGUGUCCUGCACACUGCCAGGGGUUUUUAUAUCAAAGGAGAUUAUUUAAUGAAAAUAAAUACUGGAGGGUUUCUGUGGAGAGAUGCACAUGUGCCUUCUGAACCAAAGACUCCUGCUGAUUGAGGUAGGGGUUGGGGGAGGAGUCCUGGGGGAGGACUGGAUCUACACUGUUCCUGUUGCACCAUCAGACAGUUGAAGAAAAGCUCCGCGCUUCAACAUUUCGCCGCUUCCAACCAGUUAAUAAUCAACAGUCCAAAAUAAUAAUGUUGAUAAGUGGAAUUUCUGUGAGUUGAGCGUGAUUUUACUGACUAACUCGAUGAGGGCGGAAGUAUAAGGAAUGAAUAGCGGACUUGUCACAGAGGUUGUGUGGGGAUGUGCUGAGUAUUAGCAGUGCCAAUCGUACCUCGUACAGGGGGAGAGAUCGCCUUCCCCCUCUCCUUUUGCUGCCUGAAUGUAUUCACUUUCCUCAGUGUAAAUAUCAAAGAUUUUUACUGUGCUUUUUAUCGAGCUGCAGCAACAGCCCCCUCCCACACACACACACACACACACACACACACACACACACACCUGCCACGUGUCCCCUUUUUUUCCAGUCACAUUUUUACUUGACCAGAUGACCACAGCCGAGUCACUGAGGGUCACCUGCCACACUGACCGGUGUCUUUUUGAGACAUCGAGGUGAAUUUUAAGUGUUAAUUAACUGUCGGUCUUUUGAUGACUCUGUGUGUUAUUGUGAAUCUGAAUCUGAAAAGAUAAGUGGUUUCAGUGUUGUUUUCUAAACGUGAGUUUAUACCAUGUAUUCGAGUCAGGUCAGGUGCCAUCAAAAAUAAGGACAAAUUUUAAUGAAUUCAUUUUGCUCGUUUUUAAAUUGUGAUUUUAGCUUUUAGGAGUCCUCUGCACUACGAUGCAUUAAAAGCAUGCAUUUGGAAGAAA